UUUCUGACAGUAUGAUACUAUAAAUAGCCAUGGCACGUGCAAUUCUCUACAAAUCUAUCAACUAUUACAGCCGUAAAAAAAUUUAUUGUUGACGAUUUUGAAUAGCAGUGAAAUUAAGCUUCUUGGUUAUUACAGCAGAUUUAGAAACUACGUUCGUUUCAUUUUUUAAAUCGCUUUAUCAUUAACUGUACCGUUAAGAGCGGCAUCUUUUGGUUUAGUACAAAUAAUAUCUCUAAAUCACUCGGGUUAGACAGGAACAUGAUACUAGCAGUAGUUUCAUUUUACUUUUACAAGGUUCUUAAAACGAUUGUUGAGCUACCUAACGUGCUUAUUUCUAAAUUCAAUUUCUUGUUCUAGCUUUCUGUUUCGUAAAAAAGUAGUCUUGAUUAUCCCGACCUGUCAAUCAGACGUAGAAUUGUCGAUAGACUGGUUAAGCGAGACUAAUUUCUAAACAAGGGCACGUAACCUAUCUUUUACUCAAAAGUGUCUGGAUGUUAUGGACGACACUUGGAACCAGUGUUCAGUCUAUUAUUUAUAGAUGAUUAAUGGUCAUAGCUUAUUAAGUACAACUUGAUCGUUUAUUUAGUGACUAUAAUUGUGUGAAACUGAUUUGAGGCUUGGCAUAUAUAUAAAUAUUGUGGCGUAGUUGUCGAGAUAUAUGGAGAUAUUUAUUUAUGGUGGGUCACCCUAACAGUAUAGUAUAACAAAUCUAUUAUGUACAGAAACCAAGUGUACUAUGCCAUAGGCGUUAUUGUUACUUUACGAACGGCUAAUUCUUUGUUAGGUGUGUAUAAACUUUGUGAAUAUAAUGUACAGGGUGCGUCACACAUGACACGAAAUGGCUAGCAUUCUGUUUAUUAUCAAUAAUACCAUUCAAAGGCUUGAUACGUUUAAUUGCCGUUGCUUGUCUGUGAUAUCCUCUUCGGUGGAAGCGGGCGUGAGCCCCAGAAAAAGCAGGAGAAGUUGCCGUUGAUUCAAUUAAAAACCGGUUAAUAGAAUUCAACCAUGGACUGGAUUUAUGUGUUGUUGUUAACAUGCUUCCCAAUGACAUCUCACAUGGGAUCAAGCCAUGAAUGUGUGUGUGACGAUAAUCAGAAGGUAGUAAAAAUUUACCGUCAUAACCUUACAAGUGAUCUGUCCGGCGUGGAUGCGUUUUAUGAUGUUGAUUUAUCACAUGAGUCCAUAACAGAUUUACAAACUUUAUUGUCAUCUUCAUUAACUUCAAUACGACUUCAAAUAAUACAUUUAAAUCUAAGUUAUAAUCAUAUCCAACAGGUUCAGGGGUCAUUCGUUACCUCGUUACCGAAACUACGAAGUAUCGUUUUAUCUUCAAAUAAUAUUUCUUCUGUAGACAAGUGCGUGUUUAUGGAUGCCAAAUGUUUACAAACAAUAGACAUAAGUAGAAACAAUAUAGAACAGCUACCAUCAGGAUUACUGGGAAGACAAGGCGAGGUGUUGAGGAUUAAGAAAUUUAAUGCUUCACGUAAUCAGAUAAGCUCCAUGGGAUCGGAACUGUUUCAUGAAGGUUUAAUAUAUCUGAAAACCGUUGACAUUUCUUUUAAUAAUUUGGAAUAUUUCGACUCCUGGCCUUAUAAAACCAAGUCUAUCGACCAGACAUUGGUUUCAGGUUGUCCCAUAGAUAUAAAUACAUCAUCAUUACGUUUAAAUUACAUAACCGCCGAGGGAUAUACACAUUAUAAUGACAUAAGUGUCGAGGGAUAUACGUUUAAUUUGUCACAUAACAACAUAUCAUAUUUCAAAAGAGCACUAGGACUGGAACUGGGGCAACAACAAAAUUUUAAAAUUGAUCUAACUUUUAACAACCUUCAAGAUUUAGCAGGUUGUAUUAAGGCAUUAAAUGCAUCUACACCAUCGGAUAUAGCAUUUUUACGCCUAGAAUUAAAAAAUAAUCCAUGGUUUUGUGAUUGUUCAGUUUACAAUAUAGUUCAUCGCGUGAAUAACAGCUUGUACAUGGAUCAGGCCACGGAAUAUCUGUAUUGCCAAGAUCCACCCGAUCUACGAAAUAAAUCGUUCGGUUAUUUAAUGAAAAACAUGGAUAAAUUAAUUUGCAAUAUAAGUGAAGAUUGUCCUAUUGGAUGUUUAUGUCAGGAUCGGCCUUCCGAGGAUCUGUUAACAGUUGACUGUAGUAUGGUCAAAACUCUCACGAGACUGCCAGAGCGACUGCCAAAAUACCCACGGAUAUCUUUAAAUUUAUCUGGUAAUCAGAUACAAAUAAUAGUCACAAAAAAGUACACCAAUGUUUUAACUCAAUUGGAUGUUUCUCAUAAUAGGCUGACAUAUAUCCAUCCUAAAUUCUUUGAUGACGGCGAAAUGUUGAAAUUCGUGGAUAUAAGUAGCAAUUCCCUCACUUCUUUGCCUAUCACAUUGCGAAAUCUAAGACUACCUUCAUCUGAUGUUCGAGUAGAGAACAAUUCUUUAGUAUGUUCUUGUGACAGUUUAUGGAUGAAUGAUUGGCUGAUGGAAAUAGACGGAAAUAAUAUGACAUGUACUGUGAAUGGAAAUGAACAUUAUAUACAAUCAGUUACAUACAAUAGUCUAACAUGUUAUAGAGAUCAAGUAUUAAUAGCGUGCUUUAUUUUAGGCGGUUUAUUAUCUGUAAUUAUUAUAUUUGUUGUAGUGUGUUAUAAAUGGAAAUAUGAAACUAGUGUUUUAUUUUAUCAUGUAUUUGGAGUUCGACCCUUUGAUAAGCCGAAAAAAGUAGAUGUGAAGGAAGAUGCACCAGUGUUUAGUUGUGAUGUAUAUAUUUCUUCAAACAGACAAAACCCUAAAAUAAUAGGCUGGGUUACAAAAAGACUUUUACCAAAACUAAAGAACUUUAACAAGACAUAUUACUAUCCGCCCAAAGAUGACAUUCCUGGUGAUAGUCAAGCAGACGCAAUUACCGACGCCAUGGCGUGUAGUAGAAAAAUCCUAGUUAUUCUAGAUGACAGUGAAUUAGACAAAGAAUGGUGUAUUGAAGAGUUUUACAUUGGGCAUCAAAUUGCUGGUAAAGUUAUCCUCGUACUUUUUGACAGUCCAAACAAAUUUGAAGACAUAGAAACUGAACCAAUACAAACUUAUAUAAACCGACAAAAUUAUAUUCAAAUGGAUCAUAAACUAUUUUGGCCUAAAUUAAAAUAUGAACUGUCAAAGAUGAAUUGAGUUACGUGACAUAUUUAUCAAAUAUAAGGCAAAUAGUGAAACAUUUUGGUUACACCCGUAGUCUUGAAACCCAGCGGAAAUAAUCGAUAAAGUUUGUGGAGUUUUUUAGAACGAAAAUUGAUAAAGCCUAUCACAUAAUACUGCUUGUAACAUCGAUCGAAAUCUAUUACUUUUGAAUUAGUUUUAAAAAUAUCUGCCCCAUAGUUAAUAGUUUUACAAAUAUAUAUUGCCUAUUACCUCUUGAUUAUCAAUAAACAGAAUUGAUAAUGUUUCACUUUCUGUUCUUUGUCCAAACCUGAAAAUUUAUAACAAUUUACAUAAACUAAAAUAUUAAGAAUUCUUGUUGAAAUACCUUAUAUCAACCGACACUAAAGUACAGCUGAAAUUGUGCACAUUAUGGGGUUCAGUUAAAAAUAGAUAUGUGAUGUAAUAGGUAAAUCAUGAAUAUUUUGUAUAGUUAACUUACACUUAUAGGACCAACACGUGAUUUCUGCAAACUUUAUACAUAUCUAUAUCAAAGGUUAUUCUAAUGUAUAUAAAAAUGCUUUAUGCUACUAAGAAAUAAAUUACAAUACAAUAUUA